UCGAUAAAUCCACCGAUGCAUCUAUUGGUCCAUUCGAAACGUUGGCACGUAUUGUUUGGAGUAAUCUGUCAGAACAUAUUUCCAGUAAGUACAAGCAUACCUAAAAAAGCAAGUAAAGAAUUUCAUCACAAAAGCGGUGAACACCGGGGAUUGAAUCGGUAGCGCUAUAAUAUAAAGAAUCAAAUGCUCUAUUUACGUUACCCAACCUAAAUAAUAAACAUGAAAAGCCUCGAUUUAGACUCCGCAUUUUCAAAGUGAAGUCAAAUAAAACUAAAAGUUCGAAAGACUCGGACAAGUGGAAAUGGAUGAAAACAGUGCAUCGGAAAAUAGGUCACACGCCGUGGCUCUAAUGAGAUUUUUUAGUGUUGAUGUAGAUCCUGACAUGAAUAUUACGAAUGCGAGUGAUCCCAGAGAAAUUCAGGUGCCCGAAAUGAACGAUUUUUGGUCAAGGGAAUUCAUUUUGAAAGUUAUUCAAGUGAUAAUUGCCUUCACCUGCAUAGGAGUAUACUCUGAAGGUCUCCUGCUCCUCGAGAACACCGUCAGGUCCUUGAUAUAUCCGAACAUCGUAUUUGGGAGUCUCGGUAUCAUCAGCAGUGUCAUCAUUCUCAGCCACAUGCUAGGCUGUACUAUGAAAGACGUUCACAUCAGAAUAUUCAACAUCCUUGGAAUAGGGUUAUUUUUUUCGUCUGCCACCUUAUUGUUGUAUGAAGGUAUCAGUCGUUCGUCCAUCAGUGUGGAAAAACGAGUUGUUAGAGAAAGAACUUUCAUUCUGAUAACUUGCCUUCUGAGUUAUAUCAAUUCUAUGAUGUAUGCUCUGGAUGUGUAUUUCAGUAUAAAGAAAGCAGUUGGAUAUGAAAUAAAGUUAUGAAAGUGAAAUUUUUCUUCAGUCCAUAACGGUGCCACAAUAAAGGUGUACUAAAAAUCUGACCGGCAUUAUUAUAAGCAACAAGUUCCUU